CUGCUCCUUGCUUCCCUCCUUCUCCUUCUCCGUUUUUCGUCUUGAGCUAAAAAGUACGGACGUCGCUGCGAUCAAUACAGUCCUUUUUUACUCCUCAUACUUUUUUCUCCCCGACGAAUUGACUCGCCCCUCUCUUCCCAUCUCGUCUUAGGUCCGACUCAACCUCACCAAACUCAUCAAAUCAGCUCAACUUAACUUAACUUAACAUAGCCGAAUACCUUCUACGGCCCGAUCAACUUAGCCACCUCGUAUACUCUCUACCCGUUGUUGAGUUUCUAAUAUCCUAACUAUCUCUCUAUCUCUCUCUUGUCUCUCGAGAUCACUUUAUCUCUCUUACCUCUGUCUCCAUUUAUUCACCAAGCCUGAUAAAGCAACAACCACACACACACACACACAAAAAAAAGCAAAGAAUACUACUCGGUCCUGUGCGACCACUUCCAGAUUACAACAUGGCGGGAAAAAUGGUUCUUUAUAAAUUGGUGGUCCUCGGUGACAGUGGUGUUGGUAAAACAGCUUUGACAAUCCAGUUAUGUCUACAACAUUUCGUUGAAACUUAUGACCCUACAAUUGAAGACUCAUACCGAAAACAAGUAGUCAUAGAUGGCCAGUCCUGUAUGUUAGAAGUAUUGGAUACCGCCGGCCAAGAAGAAUACACAGCCCUACGAGAUCAGUGGAUUCGAGAUGGCGAAGGUUUCGUACUAGUUUAUAGUAUUUCAUCUCGGUCAUCAUUUUCCCGAAUCAAGAGAUUUCAUCACCAGAUUCAAAGGGUAAAGGAAUCAUGCUCUGCAUCACCUACCUAUCCCGGCUCGCCGAUAUCCACAGUAACUCCCCCCAGUGCUGUACCGAUUAUGCUGGUCGGUAAUAAGAGCGAUCGGGUAACAGAAAGAGAAGUUUCGACCCAAGAAGGCCACGCCCUGGCGAGGGAAUUAGGUUGCGAGUUCGUCGAGGCGUCCGCAAAGAAUUGCAUAAAUGUCGAGAAAGCUUUCUAUGACGUCGUCAGAAUCUUACGCAGACAGCGACAACAAGCAUCCCGGCCGAUGCCGCAAGCGGGCCGCCCGCGACCUCAGAAUGGGGAAGCUCCCCAUAGGGAACCUGGUGAUAGGUACAGGAGGAACCGCCGAGGUGGAGGUGGAAACGGAGGUCGUUGCGUCAUAUUAUAGAUGGCGUCUUAUCCUUAGCAUUACGUGCGCCCUCGCGCGCUCACAACCAGCAUUUCGAUGACGAAAUUGUUCCGGUGUUUGGUUGCGUGCUCCAAGCUCUAAUAACAACCCCCCUAAAAAGAUGACAGCAAUCGAGCACGCACGCAUACAAAUACACACUUGGACUAUACUAUGUUCAUACAACAUACUUGGAGGAUUAUUAUAUUGCACUCCAUACAUCUACUAGCUAUCGAGUCGGCGAAUGGCGUACGAAAAAAAGCGGCAUUAUUAGGCGCAAAGUAACCUUGGUUUCCCCG